UGUGUGUGGCAGCAGCUGAGCGACAAGUCAGACAAAGAGCGAGUCCGAGCGUCUUUGCUCAGCAGCUCAUUUCUCAGGUUUCUAUGUAGAUGCUGCUGUGUGUGAGUGUGUGAGAGCGACUGUGUGACAUGUCUGAGGAGGAUUUUUAGUGACACCAAACAGCAGAAUGGAUUUCCAUCAGAGGGCAGCUCUGGAUAUCUCCACCAAGAACCCUCAGGACGAUUUUGAGAUCCUGCUGAGAGUCGGAGGAGGAACCUACGGCGAGGUCUACAAGGCACGGAACAAGCAGAAUGGAGAGCUGGCAGCUAUCAAAGUCAUCAAGAUGGAGCCGGAGGACGAUUUUUCUAUCAUCCAGCAGGAAAUCAUCAUCGUGAAGAGCUGCAAGCAUCCCAACAUUGUAGCAUAUUAUGGCAGUUACAUACGAGCUAAUAAACUGUGGAUCUGUAUGGAGUUCUGUGGCGGCGGCUCCCUCCAGGACAUCUACCACGUGACUGGUCCUCUGUCUGAGCCACAGAUAGCCUACAUCUGCAGGGAGAUGCUACAGGGCCUGGACUACCUGCAUGCACAGAAGAAAAUCCACAGAGAUAUUAAGGGUGCCAACAUCCUCAUCAACGAUCAGGGCGAGGUCAAACUGGCUGAUUUCGGGAUCUCAGCUCAGAUCACAGCCACGCUCGCCCGUAGGAUGUCCUUCAUCGGGACGCCGUACUGGAUGGCCCCAGAGGUGGCAGCUGUGGAGAUAAAAGGCGGCUACAAUGAGCUUUGUGACAUCUGGUCUGUGGGCAUCACGGCCAUAGAGCUGGCAGAGCUGCAGCCUCCGAUGUUUGACGUCCACCCGCUGAGAGUCCUGUUUCUCAUGUCCAAGAGCGGCUACCAGCCUCCCAAACUGAGGGACAAGUCCAAGUGGUCGUCCAAUUUUUAUAACUUUGUGAAGGCCAUGCUGGUGAGGAACCCCAAGAAGAGACCGAGCGCCUCCAAGAUGCUCACACACACGUUUUUGACCCAGCAGUGCCUGAAGCAGGAGCUGACCCUGGACCUGCUGGAGAAGUACCGACACCCUGAGAAGCUGAAGAGCUGCCUGGUGACAGAUGAUGAAGAGAUGGAGGUGGCAGUUCCUGGAUCUCUAAGGAGGAUCCAGUCCAUCAACAAACACAACAAGGCAGGAAGGACCAACUCCGACACAACAAAUCAGAUCUACACUCGGAGGCCCAGGAAGACAGACUCACCAGAUGUGACGUUAAGGCCGUCAGAGGGAUCGAGUGACAGCAGCAAGAGUCCAGGGGACCAGGACUCGGACUCGGACGACUACGAUGAUGUGGACAUCCCUACGAUGCAGGCCCCCGGGUUCAUAAUGCCGGCGGAUGAAACGCCCCCUCCUCUUCCUCCGAAGCCCAAAGCACGAACCAGCUCUGAGGAAAGCAUGGCGGCAGAAGACGAUCGAAUAAGAAAACUGUGCCCCCCCGCCCCCAUCCCCCUCAUGAGGACCUCCAGCGGGACACACGUCCGGCCUACCCCCCAACCACGAACUACACGACACUCAGACCCCGCGUCCUUACCUCUCCAGUUUAAUAACCCCCCUCCGGACCUCCUUCCUCCUGAACUGCCCCCUAAAGGCAUACGCAGACGGCAGCCGACAUCAAAGGAUCAUGCAGAGUGUGCCAGCCCCGUCCUGAAGAAACCUCCUGUCUACUUUAAAAAGAUCUUCCACGGCUGCCCUCUUAAAGUAAACUGCUCCACCACCUGGGAGAACCCCUCCUCCAAAGACCAGCAUCUGAUCCUGGGGGCAGAGGAAGGGAUCUACACCCUGAACCUCAACAGCGCCGAGGCUACGAUGGAGCUGCUGUAUCCCGGGAAGUGCUCCUGGGUCUACACCAUCAACAACGUCCUCAUGUCCGUAUCAGGUAAAUCGUCGCAGCUUCACUCCCACAUGCUGAAGGAGCUGCACGAACAGGCCCGCAAAGACCAGAGGAUGGGUGCCUUGCCGACUCACAGACUGUUGCCUAGAAAAUGCGCAGUGACGUCUAAAAUCCCCGACACCAAAGGCUGCAGGACCUGCUCAGUCGCAGGAAACAUGCAGCGAGGCUGCGCCUUCCUGUGCUGCGCUCUGGAGUCCAGCGUGGUGCUGCUGCAGUGGUACGAGCCCAUGCACAAGUUCAUGCUAAUUAAGCAUUUCGACUUCCCUCUGCCCAGCCCUCUGCGGGUGUUUGAGAUGGUGGUGGUGCCUCAGCAGGAGUACCCGCUGGUGUGCAUCAGUGUUUCUCGAGGGUCCAACCCCAGCCAGCCGGUCCACGUAGAAUACAUUAACCUUAACUCCAACACGUCCUGGUUCACCAGCACGGGUCUGGAGAAACCAUGUCCAGAAGUAGUCCAAGUAAACCAGCUGGACAGCAACUCACUGCUCAUCCUCAUGGAAAAGUCAGUACAGAUAGUUGGUCUUGAGGGGGGGUCUAGGAGCAGCAGAACACUGCAGUGUGAGACCGUCUUCUCUCAAGAUGUUGAGUCUAUAGUGUAUUUGGAAGAAACGCUGCUGGCGGUGUGGCGUCACGGCUGGUUGAGGAAAGGAAAAGGCUUCACGGACGUGCUGGAGGAAAUCACCGACCACAGGAAGAUCUACAGACUGGUGCAGUCCGACAGGAUGGUCGUUUUGGAAACGCACUCGACCGAGGACCCGUCGGGGCUGUCCAACCUGUACAUCCUGGAAAUCGCCGAGAACUACGUCAUGCUGCCUUGACUCCAGUGGAGCAUCUUGGGGAACUCCCACGCCUGCUUCUGCCAGGAUUUACAACAUUCAAGCCAAGAGAGAGAAGACACACCGGGCUUCAACAUUUGGACCCAUCAUCGUUGAGUUUGAUGGUAUAGACGCCUCACUGCCCACUAUUUCCAUUUCUAACCCGAACAGAGGUAAUCUGUCAGAAGCAAGUGAUGCCACGAUGCUGAAAAUUCAUUCUGACAUAAGAGGAUUGCUGCAUUGUUGCCUUUAUCCCUCGAGCUCAGGGACUUUGCUCUUAUUUAUGCUAUGUUCAACUUUGGUUUGUGAGAUCCAGAACAAACACGAGUAUCCAGACAGCUGAGAAAACCUUGAAGGAAGGACCUCCUCCAACACUAAAGAGGAGGAGGGCGUCCUUUCUUCUGCCACAGUGUUGUUGGUCAGAGCGGCAGCGGCUGCCUGAGAGGACUGACACGCGAGCUGAAAGCGCCGCUGCUGCUCACGCUGUGUGUUUAGUGACUUGAGCCUGUUUGUCACCCUUUUACUGCCGUUACGCUGUAAUAAAAUGAG